CACCGCCUCCCUCCUGUCAGCUUUUCCAGUCUGCCAGGUCAGCCCCGGCUCCUGCCUUGUGGUGUGAUCCGAGCUCAGCCCGGCUCAGAGUCAGACCUGCCCUCCUGUGCCCGCAGCCGCCGCCUCCCCGCCGGGCUCCAGCUGAUCCAGUCCCUCCGCAGCCCGCACCACUGCACCGACAGCAAAAUGGCGGGGUCCCUGGUAGAAAGGGAGACGAUGCAGAUGGACAGCAGACGACUAAGCAGCCCCUUAGGGUCACCGGUGCAGGCGGAGGUCAUCUUCCCACGACUGACAGUUCCUUUCUGUGGUCACAUAAAAGGCGGCCUGAGACCAGGGAAGAAGAUCCUCAUAAUGGGAAUCGUCGGCAUGAACCCAGAGAGUUUCGAAAUCCAGUUGACAUGUGGAGACUCAGAAUAUCCACCAGCGGAUGUGGCCAUUGAGAUGAAAGCAGAAUUCACCGAUAAGCAACUGCUCAGGAACUCCUGUGUAUCGGGAGAGUGGGGAGAAGAGGAGUCUGCAAUCCCUUAUUUUCCAUUUAUUGCUGAUCAGCCAUUCAGGGUAGAGAUUCUCUGCGAGCAUCCUCGUUUCAGGCUAUUUGUUGAUGGACACCAGCUUUUUGACUUUUACCAUCGUGUUGAACUACUUUCUUCUAUUGACACUGUUAAGAUCACUGGAGAUCUUCAGCUUACUAAACUUGGUUGAUCUUUUUGGAAGAGUCUAAUGUCAGCAGUGGACUGAGAGCGAACCUCCAGCACGUGAGGAGACAGUGUUCACUCCCUCUGCAGUGAUUUCUGUGGGACUGCAGGACUAACGGAGCCACCGUCGGCCAUUCUGUUUUUGCCAUAUCAGAGGUGGCUGUCUGUAAAAUCAAAAGUUAUUGGCUUGGAAUAAUCUUUUUUCAUAACGCAGCAGCUCAUUUUUUUUCUUCAAUUUUCUUUUUCAUUAUUUGUAACUUUUUUAUUUUUACUUGAAUGAAAUGGCGUUUAGGAGGUCAUCUCUCAUCUGUGCAUCGUCUUCAUACUUACCCAUUCAUGGUGCCCACAAUAAAGCCAGUCAGUAACGGGAACACUGAUCUUGUGAAUGUUGAGUAAAGAUCUAUCUCACGUUUGGAUUGUUAUAUAGGUUUUUUUUUCUUACAUUGCAGCAAACUGUUAGAUUGGAAAUAUGAAUUAGCAUUUCUCUAGAGCUGGAAACUUACUAUCCAUAUUAAAUAACCUUAAAUCUGAAAAAAAUGUUACUGGUGAUUGAAGCUGCAGUCAUCUAUGAUGACAGCUUCGGUACCUAUGUCCCCAUGACAACACUUCCUGGCUCUGCUCUCAGUCUGAACUAUUAAAAUAGGAAUAUUGGACUGUAGAGAGCCAAAUCAACAAAUUUCCAUACCUAU